ACCUGGAGAAAUAUCAAGGGCAGAGGCAGAGGAAGUGCCCCCCAAGAGCCAAGAACAUCUGCCCCCCCAGGGUUGCCAAUUUUCCAUCUUUGGCAGAAGGGCGGGGCCCGGGGGGAGAGACACCUCUAUGGGAGCAGACCUCAGCCAUGAGAAUGCUCAUGACCACACAACCAAUGGCUCCACACCACACUCCGCCCCCGGAUUUAGAUCGGAAGUGGCCAGAACUCUGUCCAAGGGUCCAGCGGUGGGGAUUGACCUGGGCACCACCUACUCUUGUGUAGCAGUCUGCCAGAGGGGCAAAGUGGACAUCAUCGCCAAUGACCACAGCAACCGAAUAACCCCCAGCUACGUGGCAUUCACCGACCGCGAGCGCCUGGUGGGAGAACCCGCAGAGAUACAGGUAGGCCUCAACCCAGAGAACACGGUCUUCAGCGCCAAGCGGCUGAUUGGGCGUCCAUUUGAUGACCCCUUGGUACAGUCGAACCUGAAGCACUGGCCUUUCCAAGUGGUUGGUGGCGGCGGGGGGAAGGUCAAGGUUCAAGUGUCGUACAGAGGGUUGGAAAAGGCUUUCUAUCCCGAGGAAAUCUCCGCCAUGGUGUUAUCCAAGUUGAAGCAGGUAGCUGAGGCCUACCUAGGCCGCCCAGUCACACAGGCUGUCAUCACAGUGCCAGCCUACUUCAACGAUGCCCAGCGCCAAGCCACCAUAGAUGCUGGUGCGAUCGCAGGACUCCAAGUCCUCAGGGUUAUCAACGAGCCCACUGCCGCCGCCAUUGCCUAUGGCCUGAAUAGCAGCAGCAAGUGGAAGACGAAGAGAAACAUCCUCAUCUUUGACCUGGGUGGAGGGACCUUUGACGUUUCCAUCCUUGCUGUCCAAGACGGGAUCUUCGAAGUGAUGGCAACAGCUGGAGAUACCCAUUUGGGUGGAGAGGAUUUUGACAAAAGGCUGAUGGAUCACCUCGCUCAAGAGUUCAGGAAUAAGCACAAAGAGGACAUCAGCCAAAGCAAAAAGGCUCUGCAGAGGCUGAGGGCCGCCUGUGAAAAGGCAAAGCGGACCCUGAGUUCCAACGUUACAGCCAAUAUCAACAUUGACGCCCUCUACAAGGGGGUGGAUUUCCACGCUACCAUCACCAGAGCUUCCUUUGAGGACUUGUGCUCUGACCUCUUCCAAGCCACUGUGAGACAUGUAGAGAGGGCACUGGGAGAUUCUGGGUUUAAAAAGACCCAGAUUCAUGACAUUGUGCUGGUGGGCGGUUCCACUCGCAUCCCCAUGAUCCAGAGGCUGCUGUCAAAAUUCUUUGACGGGCAGGAGCUGAGCAAGACCAUCAACCCUGAUGAGGCAGUCGCUUAUGGGGCAGCUGUUCAGGCCGCCAUAUUGACAGGCCACAGGUACCAGAACCUGCAAAAUCUCCUUCUCUUGGAUGUGACCCCAGUCUCCUUGGGACUGGAGACCGUAGGAGGCGUGAUGGACGUUGUGAUCAAACGUAACUCUCCGAUCCCAACGAAGGAGACCAGGAACUUCUCCACCACGGAAGACAACCAAAGCAGCCUCUUCUUGCAAAUCUAUGAAGGGGAACGAACGUUGACGAAGCACAACCGCCUUCUCGGCACUGUGACGCUCAGUGGCCUCCAACCCGCCCCACGCUGCGUGCCGGUGAUCGUGGUCACCUUUGUCAUUGAUCACAAUAAUAUCCUUACUGUUUCUGCCAUGGAGAGAAACACGGGCAAAACCAACCAGCUCACCGUCACAGACACCCGAGGCCGGUUGGACAGAGAAGAGAUGGAACGGAUUCUACAGGAGGAGGAAGAUUAUAGAGCGCGAGAGAAGGCAGAACAGGAAAAGAUAGAAGCCUUGAAUUCUUUAGAGUCCACCACCCUCCAGCUCAAGAGAGCUGCGGUGGAGACAGUCCUGGAUGACCGAGCCAAGAGGAGGGUACUAGAAAUGUGUGAAGAGACCACGGCAUGGAUGGAGGACAAUCAGCUCGCUCCGAAGAAAGAGUACGAGGAACGGAAGAGGGAGCUGGAGGAGGUCUGCUCUUCCAUCAUCACGCAUUUCACCACGGAUGGAGAAAAGCCUUAUAAAGGCGGGUUGGGGGAGAAACGUUAGCUCCAAACUUCUUGGCAAACCACUGAACCACAUUAAAAGAAAAGAAGUGUGGAUGGAAA